UAUGCGGCAGUCUUCGUGUCUGUCCACUGCCAAGAGGAGGAGGAGGAGGAGGUGGAGGAGGUGCAGCAGGUGGAGGAGGAGGAGGAGGAGGUGGAGGAGGAGAAGGAGGUCGAGGAGGUGCAGCAGGUGGAGGAGGCGUGGACCAGGGGGUCGGUGAAGGCGUGCACCUGCGACUGUGAGACCGCAGACCCCUUGACAGGGGGUCCCAGCAUCACCUACCCCACCCUGCCCCCGGCCUCCCCGCAGGGCCCACCUCGGGACUGCAUGCCAGAGUGCCCGUACCAUCGGCCCCUGGGCUUCGAGUCGGGCUGGGUGGCCCCGUCCCAGAUCAGCUGCUCCAACCAGGCCCAGUACGGGGGCUGGUACCUGGCCUGGCUGCCACACAGGGCCCGGCUCAACAACCAGGGCUUCGGGUGUGCGUGGCUCUCCAAGUACAACGACCCCCGCCAGUGGCUCCAGCUGGACCUGCAGCAGGUGGGCGUGGUCUCGGGGGUCCUGACUCAGGGCCGCUGCGACGCCGACGAGUGGGUCACCAAGUACAGCCUGCAGCACCGCAGCACCGCCACCGCCCGCUGGGUGUACUACAAGGACCAGAGCGGCAACAACAGGGUGUUCUACGGGAACACGGACCGCUCCUCCACGGUGCAGAACCUGCUCCGCCCUCCCAUCGUGGCGCGCUACGUCCGCCUGCUGCCGCUGGGCUGGCACACGCGCAUCGCGCUGCGCAUGGAGGUCCUCAUGUGCAUGAAGAAGUGCAGCACACCUGGCCCCGCCCCCGUCUGA